AGAGAAACGAUAAUCAUUUGGUCAACCCAACCACCACCGAAGACGAGAGCUCCGGGUGUCUAUUUUGAUCAUGGACAAGGUUAAGCUACCAGUUCACAAGCAUUCUUUGUUACCUUUCACUCGCUUUUCUCUUGGCCUAUGUGAAGGCUGCCGAUCUCGUGGUUACAUCUACGAAGGAUACCGUUGCAACGAGUCAAGGUGUGAUACUCUGUUUCACAAGGAAUGCGCUGAGUCACUUCCAGAGAUCAACCACCCUUCUCAUCCCGACCAUCCUCUCAAGCUUGCCCCUGUCUCAAACUACAACCCAUCUUUCUGUGGUUUGUGUCGAGCCUUGUUCAUGGUUGGCUAUUUCUGUUCAAUUUGUGAUUUCAAGUUGGACUUAGGUUGUGCGAAGGGACCAGGCGUCCCACUUCUUGUUCCUGAAGUGUCCAACGUGCACGAGCAUCCGCUUAAACUCUUAGUCAAAGCUCAGUACAAUGGAGAUAUUAGGUCUGCUUGCAAAUUGUGCGGGAUAACGCUUUUCGGCACGACGCAUUAUUAUACAUGUUGUCAGUGCGAAUUGCUUUUCCAUACUGAUUGUGUCGAGUUUGUUACAGAAGCAUAUCACAGUUCCCACCCUAGACACCCUCUCAAGUUCCUAACGUGUGAAUCACUCGAUUAUGCUGACAAGGAAUGUCUUUUAUGUGGGAUGGAGUUUCACGAGAGAGUUCACCACUGUGAUGUUUGUAACGUUAGCAUAUGCAGCCAGUGUGUCAGAACCCCGCCACCACUUGUUGUUGAGAGCCCCAAGACCCAUGAACAUGGACUUCAUCUUGUUCCAAGACGCAUGGAUUUCACAUGCAAUGCUUGCGGGACCCAGGGCGCCCGAAGCCCGUAUUUCUGUCUUCAAUGUAAUUUCAUGAUUCAUAGAGAGUGCAUUGACUUACCCCGACUAAUAAACAUCAACCGUCAUGAUCAUCGCAUAUCUUACACUCGUCGCCUUGGACAUGGAAACUUGAAAUGUGGAGUUUGUCGGAAAAAGGUGGAUGGGUUCUAUGGCGGUUAUUCUUGCUCAAAAUGUUCUAACUAUUAUGUCGUUCAUGCAAGGUGCGCAACGAGGAAAGAUGUGUGGGACAUGGUCGAACUAGAAGGGACACCUGAAGAGGAAGAGAUCCCUCCAUUUGAAGUGAUUGAUGAUAACACGAUUAAACAUUUCAGCCAUCAUCACAACUUAAGCAUCUCCAAAGACGGUCAAACCCUGCAUGAAAGCACACUUUGUCAAGCCUGUGUCCUCCAGAUUUCUUCUGAAACAUUCUACGGUUGUAACCAAUGUGAUUUCACUCUUCACCAAAAGUGUGCUAACCUUCCUCGUAAGAAACGUCAUGCGUGCCACAACCAACCUUUCAAACUUCAAACGAAGUUUCUCGACAGUGCUUCGAAAUGUGUGCUAUGUAACAAGAUGUUCACCGGCUUCAGGUACGAAUCUGAUAGUGAUAUGAUUCUCGACGUACGAUGCGCUUCAAUGUCAGAGCCAUUUGUGCAUAAAAGCCAUCAACAUCCAUUAUACUAUUGCAUAACGGAUAAGUUUAAGCGUUGUAGUCACUGUGGGAAUCUAGAAAAAUCGAUUUUUAGCUGCGAUGAUGAGAGUUGCGACUUUAACUUGGACUAUAAGUGCGCUGGUUUGCCGCAAAAGGUCAUGAAGCAUAGGUACGACGAUCAUCCUCUCAUCUUAUCUUGUGGUGAAAGCAAUGUGGAUGGAGAAUAUUGGUGUGAAGCAUGUGAAACAAAAGUGAACCCAAGGAAAUGGUUUUAUACAUGCAAUAAUUGUGGGAUCACACUGCAUAUUUCAUGCAUUGUAGGAGACUUCUCAUAUACUUUGGCUGGUUCAGAAUUAAGUUGGGGUGAAAAAGUUGUUCCAAACACCUCUAUUUGCAGAGUUUUGUGCUCUGCGUGUAACGUACGAUGCAAGCUCCCUUCCAUUCUACAGGUUUACAAGACCGGAGUUUUUUUCUAUAUGUGUUCCUCAAGAUGUCGUUACAGCCGCAAAAUUUGAGAUUGAUAAAGCCAGAAGUUAUUUGACUGAAUGAAAACUUUGUAUCAUUUUUUUAAUGAAUGUUGAUGAGUUUGUAUAGAUUAAACUAGGUGUUUUCC